UAACAUAAUUUUGAAAGAUUUUACGGUAUAACCUUAUGUACUUGGUUUUCGUUUUGGUUUCCUUUUACGAAUAAUGACGUCAUCAUGGCGGCGACCGACGACUUGACGAAAGAUGAGGAUGAUAAUGGUAUCAAAAUACAAGAUACACGUGGCGAACCUCUAUCUCUCUCAAAAUAUUUCCAAGUUAUGAAUUCAUAUGGACGUGAAAUUUUUUUUGUGAUAACAAUUGUGUUCACAGGUAUUGCUGCACUUCAGAGCGGACCACUGAAAACUAAAAAAGUUAAUCCUCCGAACACAUUUUUUGAACCACCUUCCUUGGUUACUGACUUUUAUACUGGGAAUAUUAAGCAACUUUUAUCAUUAAUCUCUGAGAAAGAUGUAUCUCUUGUCAUGUAUUAUGCACCGUGGGAUGCUUCGUCCUUACAAGCAAGAGAAGAAUUUGAAACAGUUGCCAAAUUUUAUCACAAUGAGGUAUUUUUUGCUGCCAUUAAUUGCUGGUGGCCUGAUGGAGAGUGCCGAAAGAAGUUCUCUAUUCCAUCAUAUCCCAUCGUCCUAGCAUACGUUCAUGAAAUGGGUAUAGUUCGUUAUGAAGGUCCUAUAGUAGCCACAUACCUAAUAUACUUUCUUGAUUCCAUUUUGUCUCCAGUUGUGCCACUGCAUCAUUCUGGGGAAUUGUUGGAUUUACUGACAAAGCAUGAGGCUGUGUUAGUUGCAUAUUUUGAAUUCAAGAAUAGUUCAUAUCCUAAAGGUUAUAAACAGUUUUAUUUUGCAGCUUUAAAGUCCUUAUCUACUGAUCCACACCGAAGAAUUUGUUUUGCUGUUUUGACAAACAGACAUGUUGCAGAGAGCUUUAAAUUAAAAUCUGAUGUUCAGUUGUUUCUCUGGAAUAGAUCAGAAGUCUAUCGAGGAGAAAUAAAUGGCCAUGCAGAGCUUCUAAAAUGGGCUUAUGGAGUUCUAGAUUAUACAUCUGAUUGGGUAUCACCACCUGGAACAAAGAGCAAUAUGCUGUCAGAAAUUUUAGAGAAUCAUGCUGUACUUAUUUUGUUUACACCUCGAAGUUUAUUGUUAGAGUAUACACCAUAUUAUAAUCUACUUAAGGAAAUUGCUUUAGAUUACUACAACUGCAAUAAAUCAAAUUUUGUGGAGUCUAUCAAACAUAGGAUGGUUCUGAAACGACACAUAAUGCAAGAAGAAUUUACUAAAACAGUAAAAAAAUGCCAUAAAAAUGAUACAUCAAAUAACCCAGACCUGUGUCGAUUUCGUCCUGAUCUUUGUGACCUCACAUGUUGCCAAUCGAAAAGUCUCAGCCUGAAGUCAAACCAAGCAUGUUUUUGUCGAGCCUGUUUACAUCAUGUUGUUGAAAAUAUUGAAGACAUGAAACUUUUUGAAUGUGAAAACACUCUGCAACUUGUUUUAAAAAAUUUUAAUAUCAAUGCACUUGGGAGCUUCGACCAGUGUAAUGACAUAGAGGUUUCUUUUCCUGUUAAAUUUGGUCGAUACAAGCGAUUGAGUUUUCAUUGUGAAAUGGAGUCUCCGAAUGCUUUGAAAUCAGUAAAAAAACAACUUACAGAUGAAGAAAUUGCUGAACUUAAAGAUGAUCUUAUAUUGACAAUGAUACAAAAUAAUGAAAAAAGGCUCUGUCACAGAAUGCGCUAUGCUUUGAAUUAUUCUGAACUAUUUUUUCCAAGCUUCCCAGAUCCUUCUGAUACUACCUCUUGGCUGAGUAAUUUUACUGGCCUUGGAUGUUUGACGAACAAAACUUUGCAUUUCAUUGCCAUGGAUGUGAUUCUGUAUCAUAGUUUUGCAGAAAAUUUAGGGAUAGAUAUAUCCUUGAAUCACCAUCAGACUAGUGCUGUUAUUGUGGAAACUACAAAAGAAACUCAGUUUGUUCUGGAAGAACCAGUAACAAAAAAGGCUUUAGUUGAGUUUAUAAAAAAUUAUACAGCUGGAAGUCUAAAUCGUUAUCUCAGAAUGCCAGUAAAAAAAUUGAGCAGUUGUGAAAUGGAAGAAGAAUCUAAUGUGUGUGUUCAAGAAGUUACCACAACAACCUUUUUUGAUGUAGUUUUAGAUGACAAAGAUGUAGUUCUUUUAUAUUAUGCACCUUGGUGUGGACCCUGCCAAUCAAUAUCACACAUAUUUCUCAGUGUUGCAGAUUAUUUUUCCAAUGUUGAAGAUAUCAGAUUUGCUAGGAUUAAUGGUGAAGAAAAUGAUUUACCUUGGGAAUAUACAGUCGAAAAAUAUCCUACUAUUAUAUUCUUUCCUGUAAAACGAAAAUCUGAUAGUGUGGAAUUUCCAUCUCAUUUACAAAUUUCCAUGACUAACCUCUUGCACUUUGUGCUUGUUCAUACUCAGCCCAAAGUUCGUUGGAAGGUCUCCAUGGAAAUGUGCAAUCGUGAUUGUAUUGCUCAUAACCUCAUCAUGUCUGCCAAAGAAAUCAGAAGGCUCUUCCGGGAACAAAAAGGUCUCAUAAAUGAUCUACAUUUUGCUCAGUUCCUUGUCUACAGACCAAAGAAAGUAAAAGGCUUAUUACCCAAAGGCAGUAAGCCACCUAAUGUGAAUUAUUUGAAAUCUGUCUUCUUAAAAACUGUGGUAGAGCGAAUCCAUAAAAAACGAAAACAAAUCUAUCAAGCUCGGCAGUUACAGAUUGUUCUGAGAAAGAAAAGAGAUGUUUACCUUAAAGAUAGAACAAAUACAGAUAAUAAGACUACAAAUGUUACUUCUGGACAAAAAAGCAAAAAAUCUAAACUCAUAAAUAUUCAUCAAAAGAAGGCAAAAGAUGAAUUAUGAUGAAAUAAAAUUUCAAAUUAUAGGUUUUAAUGUCAAUAAAUUACUGUAGUUAUUUAUUAAUUUAGUGGAACUUUGUGUGCUGUGUGAUAUAUUUCCCCCCCUUCCCAAUUUUAAGAUAAUAUUUCCAAUUAUAUUAAAAGAUAUUAGUUCUAUUUUGAAAUUUCUAAUGAACACAUGCAGUAUUUUUUGGUAUUAAUAAUUUUACUAGUAAAUACUUUUUUUUACCAUUUAAUAAUUUUAUUAAAUUGUUAAGAUAUCAAUCUAGUUCAUUUUUGAAUACUCAUCUGUAAAAGCAAAAUUAAGGCUAUAGAAAGGAGGACUAGUAUUCAUUAUCAUAGUUAAAAUUCUUGAGCUUACACUUACUUUUUAAAAAAUCUGACUAUAUUAUUUUUUAGCUUUAGCUGGUAGAACUGUGAUAUUCUAUUUUGAAUGUGAUGUCUAACAGUGUUUUUGUGCAUGAUAGUAAUCAGUAUUUUGAAUAACAUUAAAUAGCUAUAACAUUUAAUUUUUAAUUAUUUUGUGGAUUAUAAGAUAAAUUCAUGAUUACAUAUAAUCCUAUUUUAUAUGACAUUGAAGCUUCCCAUAGCAUUUGUACCUAUUUAAAUUAAAAAUAUAAGUGGGGUUUUCUAAAAUUUUAAAAUGAUUAGUUUUAUAGUUUACUGUUGCAAAACAAGUAUUAGUUUUAUUGAACUAAAAAUAAAAUUCUCAUUAAAUUUUUAAGGCAACUCUUUUAGUUUAUAUAAAUAAAAUUUGUGGAUGUUUCUUUUUUUUUUUUAAUUUGUGGAAAAUAAGAAUAUGAUAGCAUCACAACAAAGUUUUGAAACUUUCUAAGUUUAUGUAACAUAAUGCUUUUAUCAAGCUAACCAUUGUCCAGUUUAUUUUCAACUUUUUGGUAAUAUUUUACUUGACUGCUUUUAUAAAGUAGCAAUGAAUGUAUAAUAAAGAAAGUUUUGCAAUUUAGCAUUUAAAAAAAUCACACAACAUGCAGAGUUCAUGCUUUGAUUUGUCAACAGUGAAUAUUUGUGAUAGCUUACUUGCCGUCCAUUGCAGUUAUGGUUAAUUAAAAGUGAAAGGCAAUAUUAUGUAAAUUGUGCAAUACAAUUAUAUGUGCUGUGAUAAUAAAAAAAAAAAAAAUGAACAUUAUUAUUUCUAAAAGUGAAAGAGGAACUGCUAGGUUACCAGAUUUGACUAUUAAGUAAAGGAUGUACUGGUACUUGGAAAGUUGAAGCUACUCUAAAAAAUUAUUUAGAGAAUUAAUUAAAGUUAACAUUUAAUGUAUAGCUCUGUUUAUGCCAUAAAAUUUCCAAAACUGAUUUUUGGUGAUAUUCUUUGGAAUAUUCUUGAAUUAUGUUUGUCAUGAAUAUCCAGACAUCCCAAAAGUCUUCUCUUCAGUAAAUUUAGAAUAUGUGAAAUGAGAAGAAUUUAAAUGGUGUCAACUCUGAGAAACCACAUAAAUGCAUGAUCCUAAAAAAUCUUCUGUACUGUUUUUCUCCUAAUGUGUAUUUCAUCCUUAGUCAUGAGAUAAUCUAACUACUGCAAGCCACAAUAUGUUUGACAGACCACUAUCCAUUUCUUAAAUCAUUAUAAAUAUCUUAUUAUUAUUUCGAAAUCAAGCAUGUCAUUCAGACACACAACCACAAAAUGGAUAUGUUUGUGGUAAACAGUUAUAAUAAUUUCUUAAAUCUCCCUUACUAAUUUUUAUAAUUUAUUGUAAAACUUGAUAAGCUUUGCUGUAUGUGGAAAUCCACAACAAUGUAAAGAAAAAUAUCUAAUGGCCAAUGAUUGGAAAAAUUAUAGAUGUUCUUGUUACCUGAUCUUCUCAAUAAAAAAAAAAGGAAAAAGAAUAAUAACUUUAUUCUGCCUUAAUCAGCUUUUUUCUGUUAUUAGCAACAGCAUCAGUCCUGAAAUUAGGGUUGGGUUGAUACCUAAUUUUCCAGUUUAAGAUACAAGUUGAUAUUGAUACUUGAUAUAACUGAUUCUUUUCCUGUUGGAAUGAAAUUGGUUACUGAAUGGGUAUCAGUUCUGACAUUUGCACAAAGAUUAGGAUUGAAUUAAUACUAAAUUUUGCAAUAUCAGGAGCAGAUUGAUACUCAUUUGUACAUGACACUUUUAUUUGAUAUUUUGAUAAAAGAAAAACCUGGCAAACAAGCUUUUUGUCUUUCAGUAGGUAUUAAAACCUUUAGUCUUACCUUUACUGAAAUUGCUUGUUAUCUAUAACUUUAAUUCUUCAUUUUAAUUUUAUGCUUUGUUUGCUUUUUAAAACUGUUAAAAACUGAAGGCUUUUAUAAAGCUUAAGACUGAUAACCAAAGUUUAUUUUUUCUUUAUUUGUAAAUAUUUCAUCAUACAUUUAUUAAGAAAAUGUGUAUAUUUUUAAUUUUAAAAAUAUAAAUAUUUUCAUGCACACUUUUUAAAUCGUCAUAUUUUGUCGAUUCUCUUCAUAUUUAAUUUUCAUUUGCUUCCAGUUUAAUUUUUAAUAUUUAUUAUUUUGUUUGAGUUAUAUAUUUAUAAAAAAAUUGCAUAAAGCAGAAUAUAUUUAUUUAUUGAAAAACUCAAAAAUUAUAUGUACUUAACAAACAUUGUCGGAAAAGAUGAACAAUGCAUCAAGAAUACUUUUAUUCAAGGUAAUGGCAAAAUAAUUAGAAAACAUAACACAUGCACAUAUCUUUGAAGCAAACCUGCCAAGAGAAUUGAGUGAUCUGCAAUUUUCCAAUACUCUGGUUCAUAUUCAUACAAGUAUUAUCUUGAUAUUUUUUACAUCAGAUUGUUACACUAUCCCAAAACCCUAAAUGAGACUGGUAGCUGAUAGUAAUACAAAUAUGGUUGGAAAUUGGAAUUUCACUUCUUCAUAAAAUUUAUUGACCUGGGGUUUGACAGUAAUUGUUAGGUGGGUGAGAAGAGGAGAAGAAAGGCAUUGCUGAUAUUGUUAGUAUAGGAGAAGACGAUUCCUUGGUCAAGUCAUUUUAUUCAAACAUGGAGAUUAUCAAUCUGCGUCAAUCCGAUUCAAAAAUUGAUAUUGUGUACUUGAUUCUCUUAGUUUGUGUCAGUUUUCUGUGCUUGAUGCAAAGUAUCAGGUUGAUACAUUAUGACCCAACCUUAUUUGGAAUAUUAUAGUCAUAUUCUUUAUAUGCUUAUGUGCAGAUAAAUGGAUGUGCAGACAUGAGUGAUUAAAACUACUAAUGCUUUAUUAAAAGUAUUUUAUUAGAUAUUUGGUUUUAACUAUCAAACAUUUGUUUAUGGAUAUCGAAAAGUUGAUAGAAUUUGUCAAAACCUCUGAUAAAUUGAUUCAUUUGUCCACAUUAAAAAAAAACCCAACUUUGGUUAUAAAAGUAAAUUUUUGGUUUAUUAAUAUUCUCUAUUAAUCUUUGUUCUACUGCAUUUCCUUUUAUUGCUUUGUAUCGCAUAGUAUAGACUUAUUCAUUAAUCAUAUUGAUGCCAAAUUGCAAUAAAAUGAUAUUGAUUUUAUUAAUAUUAAUUAUAUUUUAUUCUUUGGAAUAAAUUGCUCUGGAACUAUAAAUGCCA